AUGGAUCAAACAGACCUAGAUUUCGCGUCUUCCGUGAAAUGCGCCAAGCUCCUCUCUCCUUUGACGUUUAAUAACUCCCGCGGGCGGCCUGGAUGGCCCCAUCCGCUGGCUAUUCCGGAGAUUGAGCAUCCGACGGUCGUGCCAGGUCACCACAUUCUGGGCUGGUCGUUGGAGACACUGAGUGACCACCGCCACGAUAGAUACCUCGCCAACUUAAUGAUUGAAAUGUUUGGCAAGUGUGGAAGUCCUAAAGAUGCCCGCAGUGUCUUUGACUCCAUCAAUGGGCCCAAUACUUACUCUGUAAACAUGAUGAUAGCGGCAUAUGCCCAAAGCGGGUAUCUUGACGAUGCAAGUGGUAUCUUUCUUAAAGCCUCGCAGAAAGAUGCCGUAACAUGGAACACUCUCUUGGCAGGAACUGCGAGACGUGGGAGUUGUUUUCAAGCGUCUAAGAUCUUUGAGAAUAUGCCAGAAUGGGAUUCCUUGGCUUUCAAUGCCAUGCUGAUGGCAUAUGCCCGUGCUGGAAAUCUGGAUCUUGCAAAGAUUCUCUUUGAUCAGAUGCCGGUAAGAAUUCUAUCCUCGUGGAACAUUCUACUAUCCUGCUAUACUGUGCACAGCAAUUUGAAUAUGCUCAAAGGUUUCCUAGGCAAGAUGCCGCAACACAAUGGUCUGGGAUGGAAUUCUUUGUUGUUGCGUUAUUUCCAGUCAGGAGUCUUGUCACAAGGUAAAGGAGCGUUUGAUUCUAUGCUGGAGAGAGACAAAGAUUCCUGGAUCUAUCUCGUCAGAGGAUACAUCCAAGCUGGAAUCUUGGAAUUUGCAAAGAUCGUAUUACAAAAGAUGCCAGAGCACUGUCUCCAUUGCCUCACAACACUGCUUUCUGCCUAUGCCGCUAACUCCUGUACAUUUGAAGCCAAAACCUUGUUCGAUCAAAUGCUGUAUAAAGAUGGAAUUGCCUGGAACUCAAUUCUUUCGGCAUAUUCCCAGAGCGGACACCCUUUUGCCGCCAAAAGCAUCUUCGAUUUCAUGCCUGGAUGGGACACGGCGUCAUGGAAUAUACUAGCCGUGGCUUAUGCCGAGAAUGGGCAUCUAGACGAUGCCUGGAAUGUCUUUACACUGAGAAAAGAGCGUGACCUGGUGUCAUGGAAUUCAAUCGUCAAUGCGUAUGCUCAGAGAAGCAAUGUACACUUCGCGCUAGAGAUAUUCGGAAGAUCCCCGGGAUGGGAUUCGGUAUCAUGGAACAUUCUCCUCCACGGUCUCGUACGAAACGAGGAGUUUUCGAAAGCAAAGCUUGUGUUUGAGAGAAUGCCGGAGCGCCAAAUCAUGUCUUGGGAGUGUGUGAUUACAGUCUUUUCGAAAUCCCUCUUCGACAGAAUGCCCAAAUGGAGUGUUCUCUCUUGGACGGCUCUUAUUACCGCAUAUACCGCGAAAGGGCAUAUCAAAGAGGCGGAGAGAAUCUUCUACGAGAUGCCGCAGCGUGAUAUUGUCGCAUGGAACGCUCUACUUUUUUCUUCAUUACAAAGUUACCAUAUAGAAAAAGUCCAGAGGUGCUUUGAAAUGUUUCCAAAACACGACACUCUUUCUUGGAACACUGUUCUUGCUGCGUAUGCCCAAAGUGGGCAUAUUAAAACGGCCAAGCUUUUGUUUGAUACGAGAAUGCCCUUCCACAAUGCCUCUGGAUGGAACACUUUAAUCACUGCCUAUGCCCUGGCGGGUUCGCUUUUCCAAGAGAUUCUAUCCCUCUUUCGAUCCAUGCUCCAAGAGGGCGUUCGAGCAUCGCAGCCCACAUUCGUGGCGAUCCUGGCAGCUUUCAGCCACGCCGGGCUACUCGAUCCGGCAAUCCAGUGCUUCCACUGGAUGAUCUCGGAUCACUCGAUCGAACCGGCGCUGGAUCACUACUGCUGCGUCGUGGAUCUCCUGGGCCGAAUUGGGAUGCUCGAGCAAUCGGAGGAUCUCCUCCAAAACAUGCCCUUUCUUCCCAGCGACGUGGCGAUGAACACGCUGCUGGGCGCGUGCCGGAUCCAGGGAGAUGUUGGAUGCGGCGAUCGCAAUGCGGGAGAUCUCUUGCGAUUGGAUCCAAAAUCAUAUGCUCUUCUUUCAAACCUCUAUGCUACUUGA